AUGUCAUCGGUUCUUGUGCCUGAAAUUCCGGCUCCCGGAUUUUCUUUCGAUCUUUGUCACAGAAAUGAAACGCUGAUAAAGAAAGGUCUUGCACUACCAAAGGCGACGAAAACUGGUACAACUAUUGUGGGCAUUAUUUACAAGGAUGGUGUCAUUCUCGGAGCAGAUACCCGAGCAACCGAGGAUUCCAUUAUAGCAGACAAAUAUUCAAAGAAGAUUCAUUACCUUGCAUCGAAUAUGUAUUGCUGUGGUGCUGGAACUGCUGCCGAUACCGAAAUGACUAAUCAGAUGAUAGCCAGCCAAUUAGAGUUACAUCGACUUAAUACAGGACGUAUUGUCCCUGUCUGCACAGCAAACGCGAUGCUUAAGCAGCUACUCUUCCGUUAUCAGGGUCAUAUUGGUGCUGCCUUAAUUCUUGGAGGAUAUGAUUUGGAUGGACCACAUGUUUAUUGUAUCUUUCCUCAUGGAUCUAGCGAUCAUUUAAUGUAUGCAACUAUGGGUUCAGGUUCUUUAGGAGCAAUGGCUGUCAUUGAGAGUCAGUGGAAACCUGAUAUGACAGAAGAAGAGGGGAAGGCAUUAGUCGUGAAUGCUAUACAGGCUGGUAUCUUUCAUGACUUAGCAUCCGGAGCCAAUGUCGAUCUUUGUGUUAUCCGGAAAGGUUCCGCUGAUUACUACCGGCCAUACCAGGAAUCCUGUGUUAGGGGAGAGAGGCAAAUUUCGUAUCGUUACAAACGUGGUACAACCGCUGUUCUGACCAAGACUGUCCGGCCCAUUAUUAUCGAAGAAGAAGUUGUACGCAAAGUAGAACCAGAAUCAAUGGAUACAUCUUCUUGAAUAACAUAGUUACAGACAUAAUUUUGUUACAAUUAAAACACUAUGCUAUGUAUCGCCAAUUAAUUGGAAAAUAAGAAAGUGAAAUGGUACAGGAA